UCCCUCUUUGGACCUACGUCUCCACUGAAACUAUGGCCAAGCGAACCAAGAAGGUGGGGAUUGUUGGUAAAUAUGGCACGCGUUAUGGCGCGUCGCUGAGGAAGAUGGUGAAGAAAAUAGAAAUCUCUCAGCAUGCUAAAUACACCUGCUCCUUCUGUGGCAAGACAAAGAUGAAGAGGAGAGCUGUCGGCAUCUGGCACUGUGGGUCCUGCAUGAAGACGGUGGCUGGUGGCGCCUGGACGUACAACACAACAUCUGCCGUCACGGUCAAGUCUGCGAUCAGGAGGCUGAAGGAGUUGAAGGACCAGUAAACCUGUUCACAGCGAUCAUUUUGGAUUUGGGACUUUUCUAUAAUCUAACCUGGCAGAAUCGGACAACAUCCAAAAUAAAGCUGUGGAGCGGAGGCUUCUGUCUGUCCAUUUGUUUUACGCAUGGAAACUGACGGAAAAAUAGAUCUGUUGUCGAAACAUAAUAAAUAAAUAAAAAGCUGUCACAAAGGA